AUAAACACGUGGUGGGGCAAAGAAGCAUAGAGGGGAAUUGGGAAUCUUCGAGAAAGGCGGAGAGGAUUGUUCGGCUGCUGCACAUAGGUAGUACAACGUGGUUGAACAGCGAGUGGACGAUCUCUGUCUAUCGUAGAAAUUUGUAAUUUCAGAAACAAUGGCUGCAGCUAAUGCCAUUAAGAGACUUAUACCUCUAUUUGAUAGAGUUCUUAUACAAAGAGCCGAGGCUGUAACAAAAACAAAAGGUGGUAUCGUUUUACCAGAAAAAGCUCAAGCAAAAGUCUUACAAGGAACUGUUGUGGCAAUUGGACCGGGACAAAGAAAUGAUAAAGGAGAACACAUCCCUUUAAGUAUCAAAGUUGGUGAUGUUGUAUUACUGCCAGAAUAUGGUGGAACUAAGGUAGAACUCGAAGAUAAUAAAGAAUUUCAUUUAUUCCGUGAGUCGGAUAUACUGGCAAAAUUAGAAGUUUAAGGUUCCAUUAAAUUUAUGUUUGCAAUUUUUUUAAGUACUACAUACUAUUUCAUAAGAAAUACACAAGCAAUGAAACAGUGAAAUGUAAGUUAAUUUCAUACGAACUUUGAUGUUUAUCAUUGUAGCAUACAUAAUGAUAUUCCCUUAUGUAUCUACUGUUAUAUAAGCCAUGAUUUCGCACAUAUAAAAGGAAAAAAAUAAAGCAUUUGUUGUGUUUAUGUA